CAACCCACAGGCAUCAGGAAACGGAGAGUCAGAGAGCAUGGAUCACACGAGGAUGCUCACCUCUCUUCUCCUCCUCCUCCUCGCCGCCGCGACUGCGCUCGCCGCCACCCCGGUCGCCGGCGACAUGAGGGUCGUCGUUCUCGCCGGCAGCAAGGGAGGAGGCCACCGCGGCAACGUCGACGACGCCGUGCGGCACCUGAUGACGUCGACGACGAGGGUGGAGGACGCCGUCGCGGCGGAGCUCGGGGUGGACAUGGAGCUGCACCGGCGCAUCCUCGCCGCCACCGUCGGCGCGGCGGCGCUCAAGCCCGACCGGGCGGCCUGCCCCCAGGCGUGCCCGGCACGCGGGGGAUCGUACACCGGCAGGGGCUGCAAGUCGGUGUACCGGUGCAACAAUGGCGGCGGCUAGACGGCCGCGCAAACCACCGCGUGCGAAAUGGCCCCGCUGGUGUUCUUUAUUUUUUUUUCUUUUACCUUAAUUCGAAUAGAAAAUUUCAAUCGGUAAGGCCAUUUCUUCUUUGUAGUCACUGGUUGGUGUUAUAUUAUAUUGUAAAUAAUAAUUAGCGAUCGAGUGCACGUUCAAAAUUAUUUAAAUAAGGGAUGGAUGUCCCCUGGUUCA